CAGUAUCCCGUGAUGGUUAGGUACGCGCGAAUCCACUCGCGCCGCGUCGUUGACAAGUGAACUCUGCCAACAAGCGACGCCUUUACAGGAUCGUACGAGAUUUUUCUUUUUGUUUCCUUUUUUUUCCUCUUUCUCUCUCUCCUUUCCUCCCUCCCUCCCUCUCUCUUUUUCUUCCGAAUUUCAUAAAUCCUCGUGUCCCUAGAACCUCGUGACUGGACAUUUUCGUUCCAUUUCGUUUCAUUUUCUUUCGUUCCACCGUAUUCACUCGAGGUUUCUUCAAGCGUACACAGUAAACAGAGAAGAACGCGUAGCGUGUGCAUAUAAAGAAACGGUGGCGAGCGUGGAAAAGUGCUUUGGACUGAAAUCGCGCAGCUGUCAGAUCAACCGAAGCGACGAGCUUCUUCUUUUUCUUCUUCUUCUUUUUCUUGUUCUUCUUCUUCUUCUUCAUCUUCUCUCUCCGCUUCUUCUUCUUUCUCCGCUUCUUCUUCGACGAGCUAGUGUGCCCUGCCAGGAUUUGUGUAUACACGUAUAUACUACAUAGACAAGGUUGUGCAUGUUGCAACACGUACGUGGGCCGUACGUACCGUACAACUUGUUCUUCUGCUCACUGAAACCAGCCGCCUCCGCCACCGCCGUCUGUCUACAGAAGAUCCGUUGCCUCUCCGCUGUGCUGCGUUGCUUAAUUCCUGUGAAAAUCGCGGCGAGCUCCGAGCAUCCCGGACACAUUUGCUGCUGUGAGUGAUGGCCCUACGUCUGAGGAGCAGCAAGGAUGUUAAGAAGAGCUCGUACUACGUUUGGUACUUGGGCGCGAGGGAGGCCAAGGGGGUGGACGCAAUGCCCGGUGCCAUAGCUUACCUACUCGAACGAGAACGACUACAGGAGCCUUUCAAGGUCACGCUACAGGUGAGCAACAAGGGGCUGAAGAUUAUACAGACGGUCCAUCCAGGCGGCUCCACGAGGUCGGCUGUGAAGCAUUUAGUGCCAGGACACGCUGUACUUGCGGCCGUGCAACGAGAGGACGUCGUCGCCGCAACUCUUCUGCUUCCAAAUCCGGCCACCAACAAUCCUGUCCACGUGCACGCGUACAGAUGCGACUCGGUCGAAACAGCCGAAUUGUUGGGCGGCCAGUUGAAAGCACUGGCAUCGCACACCGACAAUUUGGCAAGGGUGAACUCGCUGGAAGGCAGAGCUCGUAGCAAUUUAGGGAGCGACGGUCGAAGCACCAGGGAAUCGGAAUCGUCGGAAGGUAGCGGUGAACUGAGACACGAUUCCGUGCAGACCACCACGAUAUACGAGUCCUUGGCUGCGGAAUUGCGCGCCAAGCUGGGUAGAGGAAACUCGGGUGACAACGACGUGGGUCCAAUUUUGCUACCUCCGCGAGAUUACGACACCGUGCACAGACACAGAGGCAAUCUGGCCGGGAUCGAGUUCAGACGUUGCUUGAAUCAAACGAUCGUGGGCGGUAGUACUACGAUCGACAGGGGAGGCACGAGAAGCGCGGCGAGCAGCGGGAUAGGAUCGGAUAGCGCCGCUACUCCCCCGCCUUAUCAGAGCCAUCACCCUUUGGGCCCCAGACCCUCCAGACCUUCCAGAGAUUCCUCCUCCGACGAUGAUUGGGGAGCGCCAGCAGAAGAGAAUGAUUAUUUACCGGAAACAGAAACGACUGGAACGAGUCUAACGUUGCCAAGAUUAGCCAGAAGCCCCGAAAGAUUGAGCAGCCAGGUGAACAGAGGUGUUUCGCCGAGUUGCAAUCGAAGUCGCAGGGCACCGGAGUUCAGACAACGGUCGCCUAGCCCUCAGUAUCAGCCUAGAAUCAAUCCUUGCGAGGUGUCCAGUCCCAGAGAGAGAUUCCAAGAUGCCAAGGAGAUGUUCCGAGCCAUGGAGAGAGAGGCCAUUGCAAGGCCUGUUCUUUCUCGACAGAGAGAUGUGGAAAGUCAUCCUGUUCACAGGGUUGAGUCAGGCAGACAGAGCCACGAGGAACAACCGAGUCGUCAACAUCCGGCGAGCAACAGUUCAACAACUGGCCACGAACAUUUGAUCAGACGGAAUCAUUCGGAGGUAUCGGAACGGGAGAAUGAUGUUUCUUACAGAGCUCGACCGCGGCCACGAACCCAUCAUUAUGCGAUGGAACGACCAGCGGAGCAAGAGGUCUCGAGGCCUCGGCCGAGAAGCUUCUACGAAAAUCCAACGGUUGGAAGAGACUUCCGAGAGCAAAGAAACGUCGCUGAUCCGAGAGAAGUUCGAGAUUUCCGUGACCGCGCGCACAUGAAGGAAAUACGCGAGAAAGUACGCGCCAGGGCAACCACGUACCAAGAACUCUCUGAACACGAGAGAUAUCCAGGUUUAGACCGUGACAGCGCGAGACCACCCUUGGAAAUCGUGCCCACCCCGGGUCGAUAUCGACACAGCUACGCAGAACCCCCCAGACUUGGUUUGGCGGCUCUCCAUCCGUACUGAGUCGAUUGACUCGUUGUUAACUAAUAAAUUAUUUAAUUAAUCCGAC